AUGUCUUCUGGUAAAAGCUGCGAGUGUGUGAGGGUGGUGGUCCGCUGCAGACCGUUCACCAAGAGGGAGGAGAGGGUGGAGAACAUCUUGGAGGUUGAUGACAGACUGGGGCAGAUCACCAUCAGGAACCCGAAGGCACCACCUGAUGAGCCCCUGAAAGUCUUCACCUUCGACUCUGUGUUCGGCUGGAAGUCCAGACAAAGCGACAUUUACGACGACGCAGUGAGACCUCUGGUGGACUCCGUCCUCCAGGGCUUCAAUGGCACCAUCUUUGCCUAUGGACAAACUGGGACAGGUAAGACCUACACCAUGCAAGGGCUUUCAUCCGACCCAGAGAAGAGGGGUGUUAUCCCAAACUCCUUUCAGCACAUCUUCACCCAGAUAUCUAGAAGUCAGAACCAGAAGUAUCUGGUCAGGUCUUCAUACCUGGAGAUCUACCAGGAGAACAUCAGGGAUCUUCUGUGCAAAGACAAUAACAAGAAACUGGAGCUGAAGGAGAAUCCCGACUUUGGGGUGUAUGUGAAGGACCUGUCUUCGGUGGUGACGAAAAACGCAGCUGAGAUCGAGCAUGUGAUGAACAUUGGAAACCAGUCCAGAACCGUCGGGUUCACCAACGUCAAUGAACGCAGCUCCAGGUCUCACGCAAUCUUUGUGGUCACCGUAGAGUGCAGCGAAGCAGGUCCGGAUGGCGAGGACCACAUACGGGUUGGGAAGCUGAACAUGGUGGAUCUCGCUGGCAGCGAGCGCCAGAGCAAGACGGGCGCCAAGGGGACCCGACUGAAGGAAGCUGCCAAGAUCAACCUGUCCCUCUCGGCGCUGGGGAACGUCAUUUCAGCUCUGGUGGAUGGGAGGAGCACCCACGUCCCCUACAGAGACUCCAAACUGACCCGUCUGCUCCAAGACUCGCUGGGGGGCAAUGCCAAGACGGUCAUGGUUGCAACAGUGGGGCCCUCGCACAAGAGCUUUGAGGAAUCUCUGGCCACGCUGCGCUAUGCCAGCAGGGCCAAGAAGAUCAAGAACAAGCCUCGGAUCAACGAGGACCCCAAAGACGCUCUGCUCAGGGAGUUCCAGGAGGAGAUCGCCCGCCUGAAGGCUCAACUGGAGGAGCGAGUGCUGCUCGCCAAGGAGAGGAGGAGGAGGAGGAACAGCAAAAGACUGAGUAAAAUCAUCGCUAUGGAGGAGGACUUCCUGUUUCACAAGGAUGCAGAUGUAGAGGAAGAACAUGGGAGAGACCGUCUGAUGGAGGGAGGUGGUCAUCCAAAGGUUCUGACCCGACAGGGCGGCAGUGAGAGGUUAAAACACUUUAACAGAAGAAGUCUGGAGGACAUUCAGUGGGAUCAGGAAGCAGUGGAGAAGAUUAUAGAAAAAUAUAAAGCUAUGGAGAGCAAACUGCUGGUGGGAGGAAAGACCAUCAUAGAUCACACCAAUGAGCAGCAGAAGAUGCUCGAGGUGAAGAGACAAGAAAUUGCAGAACAGAUUAGAGGAGAGCGGGAGAUCCAGCAGCAGAUGAUGCUCCAGGACGAGGAGACUCUGGAAAUGAAAGAGACGUUCUCCUCCCUGCAGCAAGAGGUGGAACACAAGACCAAGAAACUGAAGAGGCUCUACGCUAAGGUCCAGAUGUUGAGGGGCGAGAUGAAUGAUGUCAUCGAUGAACACGUCAUGACCAGGCAGGAGCUCGAAGAGACGCAGGAUGAACUCACCCGUGAGCUCAAGUACAAAUAUCUUCUGAUUGAGAACUUUAUACCCACUGAGGAGAAGAACAAGAUCAUGAACAGAUUACACUUUGACGGUGAGGAGGACCAGUGGAAGCUCCAGCCUGUCAUUCCAUCAGAGAGCACACACGUGAAGGUGACGAGGAGGCCAGUUUCUGCUGUGGGACACAAGAGGCCAAUCAGCCAAUAUGCACAGAUGGCUGUCGCUGCAGCUUCUGAGGCCCCGCUGAGAUAUCAGGCUGAGAACAUCAUGCUGCUGGAGCUGGACAUGUCUCCACCAACCAUGUUCUCCUUGAACCUAAACGGGGCUCAUCUGGAGAGAGCCUUUUCUCCAAGACUGACGCUGGAUUUCCCUGGAAAUGUGCACGUUAGAGAAAGAACCAGUUCGUUGUCCCGCGUCAGAAAAUCCCAGUCCUGGUAUCAGGCACCACGAGGAUCAUCUGUCGCCUCAUCUGCUUCAUCAGCUGUUCUGACAUCAGGACCCCAGAGCUGCUGUCCUUCACAGAGACAAAGACCGUCCUCCGCUGCCUAUCCCUCCCCAGGAUGUCCACUUCAGUCGAGCCCCUGACUGGUGGCGCUGCAGGGCGGGGCUUAACUUAAAAUUUUAACUUAAAAUAAGUUAAAAUAAUACAUGGAAGAAGAGCUUGGGUUUGCAAAGUUACAUCUGAAACAUUCAAAAACCUCCAGUUCAAGAAGUUUUUGCACAAACCAGACCAAAGUAUAAAAAUCAGGUGAAGAUGCAGAAGCAAACUAAUAAAAUCAGUUACAGAACAUCAGCACCAACACCAAAAAACAACUCAAACACGGUGGUGGAAGGGGGAUGGUUUGGGCUUGUUUUGACA